GCCUACUCUCGGGCCAUGGCGCCGCCGCGCCGCUUGGCGCUGGAGCUGCCGGGCUGCGCGCUGGCUCACUUGGCCGUGGGCGGCGUCGCCCCCGACGCGCUCCCCGACCCCCGCGUGGCCGCGCUGCUGGGCCCGCCCGGCCGCAGCUACUCGCUGUGCGUCCCGCUGGCGCCGGGCGGGGACUGCGCGGCCCGGGUGAGGGCGGCGCGGCUGCACCAGCGCCUGCUGCACCAGCUGCGCCGCGACCCCCUCCGGCGGUGCCAGCUGCGCCGGCUGCUGUGCUACGGCCCCGGCGGCGGGGCAGGUGGCGUGGAGCACGGCUUCCUGCUCCACGACCCCGGCGACAGCCCGGACACUCGGCGUGCGCUGUUCUCCCUGCUCGGCGAGUCCCCGGAGGGCCCGCGUCUGGGCGAGUUCGUGGGCGACGCGCAGCAGCAGGUGUGGCAGCACCUGUGGGAGCUGCGGGACGGCGCGGGCUGGCAGCAGGUGGGCCCCCGCGAGCGCGUCGUGGCCGCCCCGGAGCCCGCCCUGCACCCGGUGCUGCCCGACCUGCCCAGCUCCGGGGUCUUCCCGCACCGGGAGGCCGCCCGCGCUGUUUUGGAGGCGUGUAUACCCUUCAUUCCUGAAGCCCGAGCAGUGCUUGACCUGGUUGACCAGUGCCCGGAGCCGGUCCAGAAAGGGAAGUUCCCGGUCAUUGCCAUCGAAGGCCUGGAUGCCACAGGCAAAACCACUGUGACCCAGUCAGUUUCAGACUCACUCAAGGCUGUGCUCUUAAAGUCGCCACCUGCUUGCAUCAGCCAGUGGAGGAAAAUCUUUGAUGACGAACCAACUAUCAUUAGAAGAGCUUUUUACUCUUUGGGCAAUUACAUUGUGGCUUCUGAGAUAGCUAAAGAAUCUGCCAGAUCUCCUGUGAUUGUAGACAGGUACUGGCACAGCACAGCCACCUACGCCAUAGCCACCGAGGUGACCGGGGGGCUCCAGCACCUGCCCCCGGCCCAUCAUCCCAUCUACCAGUGGCCCAGGGACCUGCUCAAGCCCAACCUGGUCCUGCUGCUCACAGUGAGUCCCGAGGAGAGGAUGCAUCGGAUGGAGGGCCGGGGCAUGGAGAGGACCAGAGAGGAAGCUGAGCUGGAGGCCAACAGCAUAUUCCGUCAAAAGGUAGAAGUGUCCUAUCAGCGGAUGGAGAACCCUGGAUGCCACGUGGUUGAUGCCAGCCCCUCAAGAGAAAAAGUCCUCCAGACGGUUUUAAGCAUAAUCCAAAAUAAUUGUAAUUAAUUGUAAUGACUCCAAAUUGUAAUUAUCCAUUUUGCUAGAUUUGAUGUUGUUUGAUGCAUCUAGGCCCAUGACUGGUUAGUUGUUUUUCCCAGAUUUCUGUUGCAUAAACAGAGUGUGUCCUAGAAAAAUGGAGACCAGACAUUUUGGUUUUACUUAAACCAUUAUCCUCCCUUCUGACCAAUGGACCUAUCAAGGUUGAGACUGUCAUGUUCCAGCCAGAGAUCAGUGGUUGCUUUUUCAAGUAUAACAAACUUUUUUUUUUUAAUAUAUUUUUAACUACAUUCCUACCAAAUACUUCCAAGUUUUGUCUUAUCCAGAAAGCAUGAGGGACACAGAAGCAACCAGGAUGAUCUCCCAAAUCAACAGAAGCCCCUUCAGCCUCUCCCAUGCCUAUACCUGGGCCACUGAUGGGAUCUCGAUGUAGUAGACUUGCCUUUUUCCCCAUAUGGCCACACUCCAUCAAUGGGGACUCAGGCCUGAUCCUUGAGCCAAGUGCCCCUGAAGAAAGGGUCCAUGUGUCCUGGCUGUCUGAGGAUACUCCCACAGAGCCAUCUUUGGGUAGGGGACACUUACAAAGAAGACCUGGGACUUGUGCCCUACUGGCCCCGAGAUUGUCCUCUUGGUUAGCAUCUAUAAGGUAGAUCCAGAGAUGGCCAACCCAAGAUGCUCUAAGUACAAACACACCAGGCUUCUUUGAAUUAUGGUCUCUUUAUUUAUAUUUCUUUCCUUCCCCCUGAAAACAUGGCUUUGGAUAUAAUGAGUGUUUUGGACUGAGCUGGAUGCCUUAAACUUAGCCAAUCGAGCAAUAUACUUGUAUUGAUAUUUACAUCAUGUUUCUCCUCAGCGUAAGGGCUCUGCUUACUAAUUAAAAUUGAAGCCAAGAAGCUAAA